UUUAGGAAAAAUUUAAUGGAACUUUGGAAAUAAAGGACCAUUUCAGUAGAACCAUUGGAAAUAAAGGCCCAUUUUGGCCAUUUCGGUAAGGUGAGGAGAUAGGAUAUUUUUUUUGUGAAGAACACUAGAAUGUUAACGUUUCUUUUUUAUUAUUGUGGUUUUGACCUUUGGUGUAUAUCUGAUAUUAUUUUCUUAAUUUUUUUGAUGUGCAUUGUGUUCUUAUUCUUUGGGUAUAUUAUGUAUUCUCGAUCUUUGUCGUAUUAUAUUCUUGAUCUUUGGAUGCAUCACAUUCCUGAUAUUUGAGCAGCAUUACGCAAUGUGUACUAUUGUAUGGUUUCACUAUCUUAAAAUAAAAAUAAAAUGAUUUAUUUUAACAAGAAUGUAUUUAUAAAUUUUCAAUAAGUAAGAUCCAUACGUUGUAAGACCAUAUAAGAGAUGAACAAGUAAAGAAAAAAAAGCUAUUUAAAUG